AUGGGCAAAGCCAGGCGUGCGGGUGCCGUCCUCCUCCCCAGCAUGCAGACCUCCGGGAGCACGCCCUGCCCCUGCCCCAGCUUCAAGCUGCGGGAAGUGGCAUCCAUGUACUUCACCACGAUCGCGCCCCAGGGGCUACUCGAGCUCUCCUGGAAUGUCAGCUAUCCCGAACAAGUCGUGUAUUUCCAGCUCCUUGUCCAGAACCUGCAGUUCGGGCUCCUCUUUGGGAUGUCGGACAGGGGUGAGUUCGAGAAUGCGGACCUGGCCGUGCUCUGGAGCAACGGGCACAAUUCCUAUUUUGGGGACGCCUGGAGUGAUGCCAAGGGGCAUCUCCACAUGGACUCACAGCAGGACUACCAGCUCCUCAGGUCUCAGAGGACUCCUGAGGGGCUCUACCUCCUCUUCAGAAGAGCCUUCAGCACCUGUGACCCCAAGGACUACCUUAUAGAGGAUGGUACCGUGCACCUUAUCUAUGGGAUCCUGGAGAAACCGGUCCAUUCCCUCCGAGCCAUCAACAUCUCUGCCAUCCGCAGGGGACUGCAGAGGGUGCAGCUGCUAAAGCCCAACAUCACCAUCCCUGAACUGCCCAGCGACACUAAGACCAUGGAGAUAACAGCCCCUAACGUUGACAUUCCCAACCAGGAGACAACUUAUUGGUGUUACAUGACAGAGCUCCCAGACGGCUUCCCCAAACAUCACAUUAUCAUGUACGAGCCAGUGAUCACGGCAGGCAAUGAGGCCCUCGUCCACCACAUGGAAGUCUUCCAGUGCACUGCCCAGUUCGAUAGCAUCCCCCAUUACAACGGGCCCUGCAACUCCAAGAUGAAGCCAGAGCGGCUCAACUACUGCAGGCACGUGCUUGCAGCAUGGGCCAUGGGAGCGCAGGCUUUCUACUACCCUGAAGAAGCAGGUCUUCCCUUCGGUGGCCCGGGCUCCUCCAGAUAUUUGCGCCUCGAGAUUCAUUACCACAAUCCCCUGGUGUUCCAAGGUCGCCACGACUCCUCGGGGAUCCGCCUCUACUACACGGCCACCCUACGACGCUACGAUGCCGGCAUCAUGGAGCUGGGCUUGGUCUACACACCAGUGAUGGCCAUUCCCCCGGGCGAGGAUGCCUUUGUCCUCACGGGCUAUUGCACCGACAAAUGCACCCAGCGGGCUCUGCCUGCUGCCGGCAUCCGCAUCUUCGCCUCCCAGCUCCACACUCACCUGGCAGGAAGAAAAGUGGUGACAGUGCUGUCCCGGGAUGGGAGAGAGCGGCAGGUCGUGAACGCUGAUGGUCACUACAGCCCUCACUUCCAGGAGAUCCGCAUGCUGAAGGAGGUGGUUGCAGUUUUUCCAGGUGAUGAACUCAUCACGACCUGCACAUACAACACAGAGGACCGGACCCAAGCCACUGUG